AGUAUCAGUAGUUCAUAGUUCGCCUUCCUGGAUCCUUGGACCUCCGCCCUGCCAACCCGUGGACUUCCGGAUGCCUCUUCGCCAAGGAUUCCACACACUAACUCUCUGGGAAUCGCGGCGUACAGUCACAUUGGGCAUCGGAUGGACACGUGGAUUGUGCGGUGGAUCGGGAUCAGGAUGGACGGAAGUGCACAAUCGCACUGGGAUGUUGCGGGAUGGAUUGCUUACGUUGGCACGGCCAAGCAUCGUUCGUGGGGGUGACGUAUGGGAGUAGGAUCAUACGCCGGAUGUACGUACGGAUGCUGACUGUCCGCCUUCCACCUGCAACAUAACGGAUAAUCUAGCCAAUCUCUUCUGUGAUUUGCUGUUCUCUUUUACUAGCGAUGUAUAUGAUGUCAUAACGCGAAGUCUAUAUAAGUCCCUGUUACUUCUAAUAUCGGCAUCAGUAGUCUGAGAUUUGCUUCUGAGACUGCUUCCUAAUUACAAUUUCCUAGCGUUGUGAACUGUGAUGUGAAUUGGAUAAAGAGACAGCAAUACUUGUUCCUUCUGAAGUGCAUAGUUGUUCCCGGAUUAUCGCUUAGAAUACAGGUUUGCUCGUGACACAAUCGUCCUAGCUCUUGCCGAUCCUCACAGGACUUACGACCGGAAGUUGUGGUAGCUUGUUCCUGAGGGAUUCCUGACUCGUGUUCCUGAAUCGUUCGUCUUAUUUCCACCAUAGUUCUUCUGUUACAGUUUGAGAGUACGAGUGCCUACCGAUUGAGCAUUACAGGCGUGGAAGAGUAAAGAUUGUUCAUGGAGCCUUAAACGGCGUGAACGCUUAUACACGACAAUCGAAAUUAAGCGCUACUCUUUGACGUUCGAGUUCAUUCAUGGGUUUUGCGAAAAGAAACGUAAACGCCCAAACGGCAAACAGUUGCUAUAAAUUAAUAAAUACAGUAAAAAACGCUACGUAAAUUAAAAAUCUUAAAGUUUUUAUCUUUGAAAAUUAGGAUUUCAGAAAGAAACCUCGUGUUUUAUUCUCCUGAAAGUCACUAGUUGAAUUUUUCCUCGAUCCAGUCGUAAAUAAGUGUUGAAUUUUCCGUGUGAUCGGCCAAAUUUGCAAUCUUCCGUGCUCGAUGUGCUCUGUCUGUUGGAGAAUGGAGAUAUACCCAUAGGAGAGCCAUUAGAGGAGAAGUUGUAUUUGACGCGUACUCUUCGUAUUCCGUGGAAUGAAAAUAGACCAACGUGCGCAAUGGAGGUAGAGAACUGGGAUGUUAUUGCUAAUGUUACGGAGAUAACUCCAGACACCAAUGGAUACGAGGCCAGCGAGCAGCUGAAGAUCAUUGUUGAAGUCCUUCUCCGUCAAUCAAGUAAUGCGUCGGAAAGUACUGUUGUGAACGUUCUUCGGAAGCGCAUCAGAGACAAGCUGAACUAUGCUCGGGGAACGAGCGUUGGUUCCAUCAGUCUGCAGAAUUUGCGACGCGAAAUGAUGGUCGGGAUCAACACGGUCUGCAAGGAUCAUGUGGAAAGCAUUUGUUUUGAAGAUGCCGAAGGGAAGGAUUCCACUGAAAUCACAAACUACUCCGACUAUCGCUGGUGCUUCUACGUGUACAAAAUGCAAAACGAAGCCACUUUCGAGGAUAGUAUCGGAGAAGACGUUACCGCCACCGUCGAGCGAGUGUUACCAAGUCGCGAGUAUUUUCAGUUGUGGGAAAGCCUCGUCUAUGACAGUUGUGUUAAACGCGAUCUGCUGAACUAUGCCAUGACUACGGUCCACUUUUCGGAGCUUAACAUUGAUAGCAAUCUGAUCACCUGGAACAAAGUCAUUUUAUUGCACGGACCGCCAGGCACCGGUAAAACAUCACUGUGUCGUGCCUUAGCACAGAAACUGUCCAUCCGCUUAACAGAACGUUACCAUUCUCUACAUUUCAUCGAAAUAAAUAGCCAUAGUUUGUUCAGUCGGUGGUUCUCCGAGAGUGGAAAACUUGUGAUGAAGUUGUUCGAAAAGAUUGAAACCGUUGUGCGAACCCCCGGCGUCUUUGUAUGUCUUCUCAUCGACGAAGUGGAAAGCCUGGCCCGCGCCCGACAGGCAUCCCUGUCCGGCAAUGAGCCUUCUGAUGCCGUCCGGGCUGUUAAUGCACUGCUGACGCAAAUCGAUAAAAUUAAACAAUACCCGAAUAUUUUGAUUUUUACCACGUCCAACAUAUCGGAAGCCAUUGACUUGGCCUUUGUUGAUCGAGCGGAUAUAAAGCAGUACAUCGGUAAUCCGUCGGAGGACGCUAUCAUGGUUGUAUGCAUUAGCUGUUUAGAAGAGCUUAUCAGAAAAGGGGUGCUGAAUUCGGAUCCGUCCAUUUAUUUCACUGAGAACGACAAUGCUACACAGGAUGCGCUCCGACGUGUGGCCAAAGCUUGCCAAGGAUUAAGUGGGCGUAGCUUGCGCAAACUACCAUUUCUCACCAUUGCCGAGCAUUUUUCAACGAAAAUUGGCAUCGGCGUCGCGGAGUUUUUGGAUGCGCUGAACAAAACAGCCAAGAAAUAUCAGGCCGAUUCGAAAGCAUUGCGAAACGGGACAUCGCACAUUACCAGCAGCUGAACCGAAGCCUUACUUGGCACUGGAGGUGGAGGACUUGCGUGCAUUAGCGAUGUUGAUUUGCUCACAUUCGAAGCUCAGAUGUCCCUUUGUUUUCUUCCUCAUUUUUUCUGUGAUUUGAAAGCCAUCUUCGAGCUAGCAUUCGAAUCUGUUGAUUGUUUUCACUCUAGUGGAAGACUUGAGCCGUUGUUUUUCUUUUUUCAGUACAAUUGGUAUAUUUAUAAAGGUUUCCCGUAGAGAUAUAUAAAAAAAUUGUUGAAUUUUUAACUUAAG